GCACUUUAACGCGGUAAAUAAAUAUUAUUACAAUUAGUAGGAAUUAGCAUUGAACUUAAAUAGUUCUAGAUGUAAGAUUAUAUAUAGAUAAUAGAUUCGCAAUGUAGAUAGAUAAAUUAAGCGUAAAACACAUAUUAUAAGUAUAUUCUAAGAAUUAACUUUUCCUAGGUAGUUUUUCUAACUAAAGUGCAUGUUAUAAACAUAGAGAACAAUUGUUAUUUAAAAGGUGCUUUGAUGAUUGACUUGAACAUAAAAGACUCACACAUCAGAAUUAAAUAGGCACCUACCUAAGAUAUUCAAAAAUGGUUCCCUGAAAAUUUCCACCAAGACUUCUCGUUACAGUCUUUUUCCAAGUGUGAAAUAUUAUUACUAUGGUUUGGUUAAAAGUGAUUAUAUUUAAUGUCAUGCUACUUUUAGCUUCUCAUGCUACCUAUAAGUACUACUGUAGAAGGAAAAAAGUAGUAAAGAAAGAAAUUAAUGAUGUUAUUAUGUUUUCUCACCACAACAAUGAGUUAAGAAAAAGCAAAAAUGGCAAAUAUCUGACUUCAGUGAGUGUGAUAAAUUUACUCAAUUAUGUGAAAGCUUCUAGACAAUCUUUGGACAUUUGUAUGUAUAUUAUAACGAAUACAGAUGUUACAAAUACCAUAAUAAAGCAGCAUUUGCGAGGUGUUAAGGUGAGAAUAAUUAUUGAUGCUGAUAUGGCUUUUAGUACGGGAUCAACCAUUCGAAAAUUGGAAAAGCAUGGCAUUGAUGUUCGUUGGAUGAAGUCUACUAACUUAAUGCAUCAUAAGUUCUGUCUCAUUGACAGUUUGCAGAAUAACCAAGUGACUCCUUUUGUUAUUAUUGGUUCAUUGAAUUGGACAAAUCAAGCAUUACAUGGAAAUUGGGAAAAUGUAACUGUGACUUCGCAAAGUGAAAUUGUUGAAAAGUAUAAAAUUGAAUUUGAAAGACUUUGGGUAGAAUUUAAGCCUAUAGUUAGUGUAAGGUAAUAUUGUAUAUUGUGAUAUUUGUGUGAACUAGAAGUAUUUAGAAUAUAAGAAUUUCUUAUUACUACAUUCAUUCCAUAUUUGAUUGCUAAAUUACAGUAAAUGUAAAAAAAGGAUGGAUGUCUAAUAUAAAGCAUAAGCCACAAAAAACUUAAGAUGACCACUCAAACAUCCUUUGACAGUCUGCCUUCACCUAUGCUUCCCUAUGUUUCUGUUAACCUUGUCUCUUUUGCUGCUACUUUACUUGGAGAUUGUAAAACAGCCCCUAAAGUAUAGUACCUAAGCAUUAAAAAGAAUUUUUACAGGUUUUAUACCUUAAUUAUUUGUAUAAUUAAUAAAUUUCAUACAAGAAUUUAUAUUUUGUGUAGUGCAUAGCUUCUCAACUUUAUUUUGCUCACCGACCACUUUGAGAAUAUGUUUUUUUCUAGAGUAUUUUCGUGUAUUUUUUCGCCUUUUUAAACUUUAUUUUUUAAUCUACCCACGCCCCAUCUGCGCCAUCUCAAUGCCCCCUAAUUUUCUACUGCCCCCGAAAGUCUCAAAUGCCCACGUUGAGAACCUAUGGUUUAGUGUUAAUGAAUAGUUUAUAAGUAUUUUGUUGUUAUUAUUUCAUGAUUCAAAAAUGUUUUUAUUGAAGAAGUGAGACUUCUUAAAAAUUUAGUUCGACUUUAGUUUUUCUACCAUUAAUUGUAUUGUAGAAUUAUAAUUGUGGCAGUAAUUGCAUAGCAAGUAUGCUAAGAAUAAGCACAAAUUAUAAUUUUUACUCUUUCUA